AAUUAAUUUAGCAAAAUGAGAGAAUGCAUUUCAGUCCAUAUCGGCCAAGCUGGCGUUCAAAUCGGUAACGCAUGCUGGGAAUUGUAUUGCUUGGAGCACGGUAUCCAACCCGACGGUCAAAUGCCCUCGGACAAGACCAUUGGAGGCGGAGAUGAUUCCUUCAACACCUUUUUCUCCGAAACGGGAGCUGGCAAGCAUGUUCCUCGUGCUGUUUUCGUCGAUUUGGAACCCACGGUCGUCGAUGAAGUUCGUACCGGAACGUAUCGUCAACUUUUCCAUCCCGAGCAAUUGAUCACGGGCAAGGAAGAUGCCGCUAAUAACUACGCCCGAGGUCAUUAUACCAUCGGAAAGGAAAUUGUCGACGUUGUCUUGGACCGAAUUCGCAAAUUGGCGGAUCAAUGCACCGGCUUGCAAGGCUUUUUGGUGUUCCAUUCGUUCGGCGGAGGUACCGGAAGUGGAUUUACUUCGUUGUUGAUGGAACGUUUGUCUGUCGACUAUGGCAAAAAAUCGAAGUUGGAGUUUUCGAUUUAUCCGGCACCGCAGGUCUCUACUGCCGUCGUCGAGCCCUACAACUCCAUCUUGACCACUCACACAACUUUGGAGCACUCGGAUUGCGCCUUCAUGGUCGACAACGAAGCCAUCUACGACAUUUGUCGUCGUAAUUUGGACAUUGAGCGCCCAACGUACACCAACUUGAACCGUUUGAUCGGUCAAAUUGUCUCCUCGAUCACGGCUUCGUUGCGUUUCGAUGGCGCCCUUAACGUCGACUUGACCGAAUUCCAAACCAACUUGGUCCCAUAUCCUCGCAUCCAUUUCCCCUUGGCUACUUAUGCGCCCGUCAUCUCCGCCGAAAAAGCGUAUCACGAGCAACUUACCGUCGCCGAGAUCACAAAUGCCUGUUUCGAACCCGCCAACCAGAUGGUGAAAUGCGAUCCGCGUCACGGCAAGUACAUGGCUUGUUGCAUGUUGUACCGUGGCGAUGUGGUGCCGAAAGAUGUCAAUGCCGCCAUUGCGACAAUUAAAACGAAGCGUUCGAUCCAAUUUGUCGAUUGGUGCCCGACGGGCUUCAAAGUCGGCAUAAAUUAUCAACCGCCGACUGUCGUUCCGGGCGGAGAUUUGGCUAAAGUUCAACGUGCGGUCUGCAUGUUGUCCAAUACGACCGCAAUUGCCGAGGCUUGGGCACGUCUCGAUCAUAAAUUCGACUUGAUGUACGCCAAACGUGCCUUCGUUCAUUGGUAUGUCGGCGAAGGCAUGGAAGAAGGCGAAUUUUCCGAAGCCCGUGAGGAUUUGGCUGCCUUGGAAAAAGAUUACGAGGAAGUUGGCAUCGACUCCACGGAAGAAGUUGGCGAAGGAGACGAAUACUAAAACGCUGCAUGCACAAAAAUUUUAUCGCUGGAAUGCUUUUCUCCUGAAAAUUUCAUUAAAA